AAGCCGGACCGUGCGACCCGCGACGCGUACCGUGAGACCGCUGGAGUGACGACAACUGCUGCUCUGCCCCAAGCACCGGCGCGACCAUGUCCCACCACUGGGGAUACAGCGGGCGCAACGGACCAGAGCACUGGCAUAAGGACUUCCCCAUUGCCAAUGGAGAGCGCCAGUCCCCGGUUGACAUUGACACCAAGGCCGCUCAGCAUGACCCUAACCUUCAGCCACUGAGUGUAUGUUAUGAUCAUGCCGCUUCUAAGAAGAUUCUCAACAACGGCCACUCCUUCAACGUUGAGUUUGAUGACUCCCAGGAUUGUGCAGUGCUGAAAGGGGGACCCCUCAGUGGCACCUACAGAUUGGUCCAGUUUCAUUUUCACUGGGGCUCAUCUGAUGGGCAUGGCUCUGAGCACACUGUGGACAACACAAAAUAUGCUGCAGAGCUUCACUUGGUUCACUGGAACACCAAAUAUGGUGAUUUUGGGAAAGCUGUGCAGCAUCCAGAUGGACUGGCUGUUUUGGGUAUUUUUUUGAAGAUCGGACCUGCUACAAAAGGUCUUCAGAAAGUUCUUGAUGCACUGGAGUCCAUUAAAACAAAGGGGAAGAGCUCAGCCUUCACUAACUUUGAUCCCCGAUCCCUUCUUCCUGGAAACUUGGACUUCUGGACAUACCCUGGCUCUUUGACCACUCCGCCUCUGCUGGAAUGUGUGACCUGGAUUGUGCUUAAGGAACCCAUUACUGUCAGCAGUGAGCAGAUAUCUCAGUUCCGUAAGCUGAACUUCAACUCAGAGGGGGAACCUGAAGAACUGAUGGUGGACAACUGGCGCCCUGCUCAGCCACUGAAGAACAGGAAGAUCAAAGCAUCCUUCAAAUAAGAUGGCCCAGGAGCGGGCGUUCAAACAACAUAAGUGCGGCCCGCCUCUCUGUAGCUAAGCACAAUUCUACCUUGGUGAUUCAGAUCCUGCCUCUGUGUCUGGUAUUGUAGGCCUUCCAUCUCUCACCUCUUGUGCUUACUAAUAAAAUGUGAAGAACAAGA